AUGCAGGUUUUAGCUUCGUCAAAAGCUAUGCUCGAAAUUAACAACAUCGCGAAGGAUAAACCAUCCCUCAAGACGCUACUUCUUUUCAAAGAUAAAGCUCUGAUCGCGGCUCGUAUGAUAUUUGGUGGGGAGUUGCUGUUGUGGAAAGCAUACGUGUGGACUGUCUACUACCACAAUCGGCCCGGCUUUCAACCAUUGUCUGAGAUGGAGUACCGUCUCAUGCUCCAUCGCAUCGUCUCUAUUCCACAGAUGAUGCUAAUCAUAGAAGAGGACCCGGAACUACAUGAUAUUCUUCCCCUACCACCGUUGCCUCCAAACUCGAACGACCACGCCAGGAAGCAGUGCGAGGAAUGGAUCCGGCGCGCCACCAUCGAAACCAAGGAAAAUUUACACGAUUUG